AUGGCUGUAGAAUCGGGUGCGAAGUCCUGUUCCUUCAAUGUCAUUAUCUUCGGUGUGCUUCUGGUUUCCAGCCUGACGGCCGCGUCCGCUGCCAUCAUACAGACACCCCAUCCAAAUCAACACGCGAGUCAACCAAGCAGGGAGAAAAUGGGCGUUUCAGAGGUGCCUCCGUCUCAAGAACACAGCAACCUGCAGCAGCUCAUCGAAAGUGGUCAAGUUAACUCAGCACGGCCCAUGGAGUCUGGAAUGCAGAACGCGGUAGAUGAGACAAGUCACAACAAAUCCCACCCCAGUUCAACUCCUACCGCCGAUGUUACGGGAGACGUCAGCCUAUCAGAUUCUGAUGUUCAGCCAAUGCGUGCUGAAGAUACAUACGCUGAGAAUAAGCAUUCCAGACAACAUGCGCCAGUUAAGAAGCCAGAGGCUGAGAAUGCAGACUUCAAUGGGAACAAAACACGUAAAGCAGGAAGAUCAACGGGGUCUGACGAUCUUACCGUACCGACCGUGAGACGGAACAUGGAUGCUGUCCGUGCAGAAAACUCCACGCGUCGAGUGCGACGAGCAGCAUCAUCUUUACAAGAGCAUGUAUGGCCAUUUGGAAUAAUUCCUUAUGAAAUAGCACCAGUGUUUCUGGGUGAGUACAUCGCAUUUUUCAGGAAAUUGCCAAAAAUGCAAAAGGAAAAUGGCAAGACUGUCUAUACCUUUGAAUUUGCGGGCUAG